AUGACGCUUGGGGCAACACCUUUACCGGAGUAUCUCGAAUACGUCAACAAGCAUCCAGAACGGCUACGACUCAUAGAAACGCGCCGUGUUCAAUGGGAUCCCGCGGUAUUGGCGGGAAGGACCCUUCCCCUUCUGGAGAGGGCUUUACUUGUUCCCAAGCUUCACCACACGGGACACCACCCCGAUGUCUCGCCACUUGUCAUUCCUCGACUUGAGGAGUUGACUCUGACCCGCUUCUACAUUCCGUUUGUGGCGCCAAACCUGCGCAGCCUCUUCAUAUACAGCCUCGUGCCAUUCCAGCUUGAAGUCUUCGUGACGAUGCUCAACGCAUUACCCACCUUAACUUCCCUCAGACUUGACAACUGCCUACCCAAUAUCCUUGUGGAUGGUCAGGACGUGGGACGCAUUGCGCUACCACGGAUAUCAAACAUCGAUCUCCGGCAAAGCACAUGCACGGGCCUCAUAACUUUUCUCGAACUGCUUCGACCGAAUGGGCUGGAUAUCUCCAUCACUCUUUCGAUUGGAUACGCAUCCAAGUCUCAGGCAGAAUACGCCCAUCUUGCCGCAGCACUCCAUCCUUUCAUGCAUGGAACAUCCCGAGACACGGUUGACCUGAACUUCGAACCACCAGACUAUACGCCGCAACCAUCGUUUGCCGUCUACCAGUCUACCAGCAAUCGCAAUUCAGGGCGAACGGGGGAGAUUAGUGUCAGGGUGGAAGAUUGCGCCGAAGACGUAACACCUCUUUUCGCCUCUCUCCUCGAGCAGUUCGCGAUCUCUCAAAUACGACACCUGGUCUUGCUGUACGGCGAAAACCUGGAUGAGGGCAUGCCUACUCAUGACUUCCGCCGACUUUUGCGAGCGCCAUUAAUGUUUGCCGAGUCACUAAAGACCGUGCGAUAUGACAUACGGCAUCCCCUCUUCGAUCAGCAACACACAAGAUCCCGGAUAUGCACGCUCCUGUUCGACGGACGUACGACCUACCCGCACCUGAAAGAAUUGAUCUUGUCCGGAAGCGCAUGUUUGUGCGUUUUGACCGAUCAAGAAGGGGCAUCGAAACUACUUUCGUGGCUCAAGGAUCGGAGAGCGGCAGGCUCGCCCUUGAAGACGCUUCGCCUGCGGGGUCUUUUCAGCUUAUACUACAACUCACAGAUUGAGGCGCUAGCUGAAGACGUCGUAUGGAGGUCAAUCCGGGCCAACGUGGCAGUUGUCGACGAGUGGGAAGUACUAGGCGUAAACAGGCUCUCUUCAAGUUGA